CUUUGUUACUUGUGACAUAAUGGAGAUUAAAACAUUAGCUAUUGUUACAUGUGAUAUAAUGGCGAUUAAAACAUUAGCUAUUGUUGAUUGUGACAUAAUGGAGAUUAAAACAUUAGCUAUUGUUGAUUGUGACAUAAUGGAGAUUAAAACAUUAGCUAUUGUUGAUUGUGACAUAAUGGAGAUUAAAACAUUAGCUAUUGUUGAUUGUGACAUAAUGGAGAUUAAAACAUUAGCUAUUGUUGAUUGUGACAUAAUGGAGAUUAAAACAUUAGCUAUUGUUGAUUGUGACGUAAUGGAGAUUAAAACAUUAGCUAUUGUUACUUGUGACAUAAUGGAGAUUAAAACAUUAGCUAUUGUUGAUUGUGACAUAAUGGAGAUUAAAACAUUAGCUAUUGUUAAUUCUGAUGUAAUGGAUAUUAAAACAUUAGCUAUUGUUACUUUGACGUAAUGGAGAUUAAAACAUUAGCUAUUGUUACUUGUGAUGUAAUGGAGAUUAAAACAUUAGCUACUGUUACUUGUGAUGUAAUGGAGAUUAAAACAUUAGCUACUGUUACUUGUGACAUAAUAGAGAUUAAAACAUUAGCUAUUGUUAAUUCUGAUGUAAUAGAUUAAAACAUUAGCUAUUGUUACUUGUGACAUAAUGGAGAUUAAAACAUUAGCUAUUGUUACUUGUGACAUAAUGGAGAUUAAAACAUUAGCUAUUGUUGAUUGUGACAUAAUGGAGAUUAAAACAUUAGCUAUUGUUACUUGUGACAUAAUGAAGAUUAAAACAUUAGCUAUUGUUGAUUUUGACAUAAUGGAAAUUAAAACAUCAGCUAUUGUUACAUGUGAUAUAAUGAAGAUUAAAACAUUAGCUAUUGUUACUUGUGACAUAAUGAAGAUUAAAACAUUAGCUAUUGUUGAUUUUGACAUAAUGGAAAUUAAAACAUCAGCUAUUGUUACCUGAGACAUAAUAGAUUGAAACAUUAGCUGUUGUUGAUUGUUACUUGUGACAGACUUGGUGCCUCCUUAGGAACAGAAAUUCCAUAUAACUGUUUGUUGAUCAAACUUAAAAAUAUGGAAAUUUUAUAAAUUAUUUAUUUUUUGAGUUUUAUUUCCUUAAAAAGAUGAAAAUUUUACAAAUUAUCUAUUUAUUGAGUUUACUUUCCUUAAAAAGAUGGAAAUUUUAUAAGAAGACAAGAAUAUUAUUUCUAGAGACAUUGAUCUGUAGAACUUAGAACUUGUGAGAAUUUUGGAUGAGUUUAGUGAAUUAGGUCUAAGCUUUUAAGGAAUAAUGUCUAUUUAUAAGUUGAAGAUAAUAAAGUAAUAUCUUCAUAACAUCAUCGUUAUGCAUCUAUUUUAUAAAACUGAACUUCAUUAUGUAAAUUUUCUUAUGACAGAAACCUAACUAGAAAAUAUUUCAUUUCCAUUGAAGUUUGCUUAAGACAUCAGCAAAACUUCCUUUAAAUAACAGUGAAAGUUUUGUGUAGAUCUUAAAUGUAGUUUGUGUGUGGCAUUUAAGUUGUCCUUUAGAUAGAAAUAUGAAUUUGUCUUUAUACCGGUACUUGAAGAUUUAAUGUUAAUGCUAUAAACUUUUUCUUCUCCUUUCUCCAGGAGAUAAGUUGUAAUUUUCUUUUUUUCACUGUAAUUCAUGAUAUUGGUGAUGAGAAAAACGUGUGCAUUAUAAAAGUUGUCUGAUGAGAUGUAAAUAUAAAAUAAUCUUCAGAAACAAAUAUUUACCAGCUCUUAAAGUAUAUCAUUAACCCAUCAAUCACUAUCAUAAAUGAAUACGGUAUUGAAUGAAUUAUUUUGUACCAGAAAUAUAAACAUUAAAAAACAUU